AUGGUUAUCGGCUGGAGUUCACCGAUGGUCCCGGAGCUGCGGAAGAACACGUCGCACAUUCACAUCACGGCAGACCAGGGCUCGUGGCUGGCGUCCGUGGGGCUGCUCGCCUCGGUGCCACCUUCUCUGCUGAACGGCGUGCUUGUGGAUGCUGUUGGCCGCCGAUGGAUGUUGCUGUUCGCUGCCGUACCCCUGCUGACCGUCUCUAUGUGGCAGCGGUUCGCCACCACCUUCUGGGAACUGCUCGCCUCCAUCGUGGUGGGCAGCGUCAGCGCGAGUAUCAUCCUACCUUUGGCUCCCGUUUACUUGGUUGAAAUAGCCGAGGACCGCAUCAGAGGGUUCUUGGUGUCACUGGGUACAUUGAUGCUGGGAGUGGGUUCCCUGCUGAUCACCGCUAUUGGGCCAAAAGUGUCUUUCUUCACGGUGACCGAAAUCAUGAUGGUCGGGCCGGUCUUGUUUGUGGCCAUCUUCUGGUGGAUGCCGGAGAGUCCGUACUUCUUGUUGGCGAAGCAUCGCAAGGACGAAGCGACCAAGGCGCUGAUGAGGUUGCGCGGGAAGAGUUCGGAGAAGGAGGUGAACGGUGAGCUGGAGCUCAUUCAGAGGGGACUGGAGGAGCGCUCGCAAAAGGAGAUCAGCGCCGCAGACGCCUUCCGGGAGCUGUGGAGGAACGCCAGGUCGCGGAGGAUCUUCAUGGUAUCAAUGGCUUUCGCGACGUUCUUGGUGCUGGGCGGCGUCGACGCCAUCACUGCCAACACGAUGCAGAUCCUGGUGGAGAGCGACAGCUCGCUGGACCCGCAGCUUUCGGCCAUCGGCGUCUCCAGCUGCGCGGUGCUGUCCAGUGCGGUCUUCUCCCUCGUGGUGGACCGACUGGGCCGGAGGCCGCUGCUGCUAUUCUCCUUAGGCGGUUGCUGCGUCGCCACUGCAUCCCUCGGCGUCUACUUCUUCCUCAUCGUCUACGCCAGCGAGGGCGCCACAGACGAUAUCUUCUGGCUGCCUCUUGCCAGUCUCAUUGUCUUUUUUGUAAGUAACUAA